AUGAGUAACACGCCUUCUCGUAUCAUCUACAUGGAUGAUGGAUUCUCGGUAACCCAUGCUGGUAUGACAUCACUCCUCGAUAGCCAAACCCAUCCGGCUCAUGGAGAAACGAGCAUUCUCAAGAUGAAAACCACUAUCGAUGCGAUCCAGCGAAUUACUCAAGAAGGAGUGAUGGAUUUGGAACCGGCAUAUCGUCUAGCAAAUCUGAGCAUCCACUAUGAUUCGUUGGGUAGAAGAAAUGAGCUGAUUUGGGGUAAUCGUACUACUCAAGUUACCUACGAUCGGCAAAAUCGUAUUGUUGAACGUACAGUGAAGGGCGGAGUCAGUGCGAAAUUUAUGUGUACCAAGGAGUUACGCCAUCCAAGUACUGUAGAGUUGCCAGGAGGAUUGAAAUGCUCGUUGAAGGCUAGUUUCUUGAAAAUGCAUUCCAGCAAUUUAUUCCGACAAUUUUAA